AAAAGAUAGAAAUGGAAGAAAAGACAAAGACCGUACCGUUCUACAAAUUGUUUUCCUUCUCAGAUUCUACCGAUGUGUUGUUGAUGAUCGUUGGUUCGAUCGGAGCUAUAGGAAACGGUGUUGGUUUUCCUUUAAUGACAUUAUUGUUUGGUGAUCUCAUUGAUUCUAUUGGUCAGAACCAGAGCAACAAAGACAUUGUUGAGAUAGUCUCCAAGGUCUGUUUGAAAUUUGUCUACCUUGGACUUGGGACACUAGGAGCAGCAUUUCUUCAGGUGGCUUGUUGGAUGAUUACUGGGGAAAGACAAGCUGCAAGGAUAAGGAGUUUGUAUCUGAAAACGAUUCUAAGACAAGACAUUGGAUUCUUCGAUGUCGAAACGAGCACCGGAGAAGUUGUUGGUCGAAUGUCCGGUGAUACUGUUCUUAUACUAGAAGCUAUGGGUGAGAAGGUUGGGAAGUUUAUCCAGUUGAUUGCAACAUUUGUGGGUGGAUUUGUUUUAGCGUUUGUGAAAGGAUGGUUACUUACACUUGUUAUGUUAGUUUCAAUUCCUCUUCUAGCUAUAGCUGGUGCAGCUAUGCCGAUUAUAGUUACUAGAGCUUCUUCUCGUGAACAAGCUGCUUAUGCAAAAGCAUCGACUGUUGUUGAACAAACUUUGGGGUCUAUUCGAACCGUUGCUUCUUUCACGGGAGAGAAGCAAGCGAUGAAAAGCUACAGAGAAUUUAUAAAUUUAGCCUAUCGAGCGAGUGUUAAGCAAGGUUUCUCUAUGGGGUUAGGUCUUGGAGUAGUGUUUUUUGUGUUCUUUUGCAGCUAUGCUUUAGCUAUAUGGUUUGGUGGAGAAAUGAUACUUAAAAAAGGGUAUACAGGUGGGGAAGUGGUUAAUGUAAUGGUCACUGUGGUCGCAAGUUCGAUGUCUUUAGGGCAAACAACACCUUGUCUAACCGCAUUUGCGGCUGGUAAAGCUGCAGCUUAUAAGAUGUUUGAAACGAUCGAAAGAAAGCCGUCGAUUGAUGCUUUUGAUCUAAAUGGUAAGGUCUUAGAAGAUAUCCGAGGCGAAAUCGAGCUGCGAGAUGUGUGUUUUAGUUACCCUGCGAGACCUAUGGAAGAGGUUUUUGGCGGAUUCUCGCUGUUGAUUCCGAGUGGUGCAACCGCUGCUCUGGUAGGGGAAAGCGGGAGUGGGAAAUCUUCUGUGAUCAGUUUGAUAGAAAGAUUUUAUGAUCCAAGUUCCGGCAGUGUGCUUAUUGAUGGUGUUAACUUAAAGGAGUUUCAGUUGAAAUGGAUUAGGGGAAAGAUUGGAUUGGUUAGUCAAGAACCUGUUCUGUUUUCUUCAAGUAUAAUGGAGAAUAUCGGCUACGGAAAAGAGAACGCAACAGUUGAAGAGAUUCAAGCAGCGGCAAAGCUAGCAAACGCGGCUAAUUUCAUCGAUAAGUUGCCUCGAGGUUUAGAGACAUUGGUAGGGGAACAUGGAACUCAACUCUCAGGAGGACAGAAACAGAGGAUUGCUAUAGCGAGGGCGAUACUUAAAGAUCCGAGGAUCUUGCUGUUAGAUGAAGCGACGAGCGCACUUGAUGCGGAAUCUGAAAGGGUAGUCCAAGAGGCUUUAGAUAGGGUAAUGAUGAGCCGGACUACUGUGAUUGUUGCACAUCGGUUAAGCACAGUGAGAAAUGCUGAUAUGAUUGCUGUGAUUCACCGCGGCAAGAUAGUGGAAGAAGGUUCACACUCGGAGCUACUCAAGGACCAUGAAGGGGCUUAUGCACAACUUAUACGGUUACAAAAGAUAAAAAAAGAACCGAAGAGAUUGGAGAGUUCAAAUGAAUUGCGAGACAGAUCAAUCAACCGUGGAUCAUCUAGAAACAUCAGAACGAGGGUGCAUGAUGAUGACUCUGUUUCCGUUCUUGGUUUACUUGGACGCCAAGAAAAUACUGAAAUUUCUCGAGAACAAAGCCGAAAUGUGUCGAUAACCCGAAUCGCUGCUCUAAACAAGCCGGAGACUACCAUUCUUAUACUUGGAACCUUAUUAGGUGCAGUGAACGGCACUAUAUUCCCGAUUUUUGGUAUCCUCUUUGCAAAAGUAAUCGAAGCUUUCUUCAAACCGCCUCACGAUAUGAAGAGAGAUUCAAGAUUCUGGUCAAUGAUAUUCGUGCUUCUUGGUGUAGCUUCUUUGAUAGUGUAUCCAAUGCAUACCUACUUGUUUGCUGUAGCUGGAGGGAGAUUAAUUCAGAGGAUAAGAGUAAUGUGUUUUGAGAAAGUUGUUCACAUGGAGGUUGGGUGGUUCGAUGAUCCUGAGAACUCGAGUGGCACCAUAGGAUCAAGGCUCUCUGCUGAUGCAGCCUUGAUCAAGACUCUUGUGGGCGACUCGCUGUCUUUAUCUGUUAAGAACGCUGCAGCCGCAGUCUCCGGUCUGAUUAUAGCUUUCACAGCGAGUUGGAAAUUGGCGGUUAUUAUCUUAGUAAUGAUUCCUUUAAUUGGAAUCAAUGGUUAUCUUCAAAUUAAGUUCAUUAAAGGCUUCACUGCAGACGCAAAGGCAAAGUACGAGGAGGCGAGUCAGGUGGCGAAUGACGCGGUGGGGAGUAUAAGAACUGUUGCGUCUUUUUGUGCAGAGGAGAAAGUGAUGGAGAUGUAUAAGAAGCGAUGUGAAGAUACGAUUAAAUCUGGGAUUAAGCAAGGUUUAAUCAGCGGAGUAGGGUUUGGUAUCUCCUUUUUCGUUCUUUACUCUGUCUACGCUAGUUGUUUCUACGUGGGAGCUAGACUGGUUAAAGCCGGAAGGACAAACUUCAACGAUGUUUUUCAGGUUUUCUUGGCGUUAACCAUGACAGCGAUUGGGAUAUCUCAAGCUAGCUCUUUUGCUCCUGAUUCGAGUAAAGCAAAGGGUGCUGCUGCUUCCAUUUUCGGGAUUAUUGAUGGGAAAUCGAUGAUAGAUUCGAGAGAUGAAUCGGGACUCGUGUUAGAGAAUGUUAAAGGAGAUAUCGAGCUUUGUCACAUAAGCUUCACCUACCAAACUAGACCUGACGUUCAAAUCUUUCGUGACCUAUGUUUCGCCAUUCGUGCUGGACAGACGGUUGCUUUGGUCGGAGAGAGUGGAUCAGGUAAAUCUACAGUGAUUUCUCUGUUACAAAGGUUUUAUGAUCCGGAUUCGGGUCAUAUAACUCUAGACAGAGUUGAGCUCAAGAAGCUGCAACUAAAAUGGGUGAGACAACAAAUGGGGCUUGUAGGGCAAGAGCCUGUACUGUUCAACGACACAAUAAGAUCCAACAUUGCCUACGGAAAAGGCGGUGAUGAAGCAUCCGAGGCUGAGAUCAUAGCUGCCGCAGAGCUUGCUAAUGCCCACGGGUUCAUAUCUAGUAUACAACAGGGUUAUGAUACGGUGGUGGGAGAAAGAGGGAUACAAUUGUCAGGAGGACAGAAGCAACGCGUGGCAAUUGCACGCGCCAUCGUGAAAGAACCGAAGAUUCUGUUACUCGACGAAGCAACGAGCGCGUUGGACGCAGAAUCGGAGCGGGUGGUUCAAGACGCGCUUGACCGAGUGAUGGUGAACCGGACCACAGUAGUAGUGGCUCACAGGCUUUCCACGAUCAAGAAUGCUGACGUCAUAGCCGUGGUCAAGAACGGUGUGAUCGUAGAGAAAGGGACGCACGAAACGUUGAUCAAUAUCGAAGGUGGUGUUUAUGCUUCGCUUGUUCAACUUCACAUUAGUGCUUCUAGUUGACAAACAAUUGUUUUCCUAAGUCCUCUCAAAAUAUAUUUUGAGCUUAAGGUAUUUUUUUAUACUAACAUUGUUUCUAAUUAUGUAAAAG